CUCUCUGUCGGAUCCAUGGAUCCACCAACGCUCGCUCCGCCCUACAUACCGCCCCCCUUCGCCCCCUCCGCCGCCCGCCGCCGCCCCCCGCCGCCGCCCGCCCCCGCCGCCGCCGCCCCGGAGGCCCCCGCGUCCGCCGCCGCCGCCGCCGCAGCCGCGGGCGAUGCUCAGAACCACUCGACCCAUGUCGCCGCGAACCCGACUCCGGCCGUCGCUCCUGCCCACAGCCAACCCCCUUACGCUGAGAUGAUAUACGCGGCAAUCGGAGCUCUGAAGGAGAGGGACGGGUCGAGCAAGAGGGCCAUAGCCAAGUUCAUCGAGAAGACCUACACCGACCUGCCGACCACCCACCCGGCCUUGUUGACCCACCACCUCAAGCGCCUCAAGAACAGCGGCCACCUCGUCAUGGUCAAGAAAUCGUACAAGCUCCCCGGAUCUGGCGACCCCGCCGCCGCUCCAAACCUGCCGGCCCCAACGGAGGGCUCGGAGUCGAAGCGGCGCCGCGGCCGCCCCCCGAAGGCCAAGCUGGAGGGGCUGCUUGCUGCUGCGCCGGCGGCUCCCGCUGGGGCUGCCGAGCCUGUGGUGGCGAAGCAAGGCCCCGACGGCGGUCCUGCGCCCAUCCCUGUGCCUUUGCCCGGGCAUGUCCCGGCCAAGAGGGGCCGCGGGCGCCCGCCGAAGAGUGGGUUGGUGAAGAGCCGGGUGGGCCGCCCUCUGAAGCCGAGUAUGGUGGCUGUGCUGGCAAAUGGCGAGCAGAAUGGGCCAAAGCCCAGGGGCCGGCCUAGAAAGAAUGUUGGCGGCGUUGCUUCUGUGGCUUCCACUGGCGAAGCGCUGUCGGUGUUCGGGAAGAGGCGGGGGCGGCCGCCAGGUAGCGGCAAAGGGAAGAGGCCAGUGGUGGCGUCGCAACCAAGGAGGAGCACAGGAAGACCCAUGGGCAGACCCAGGAAGAAUGUGGCACUUGGAGCUUCUUUGGCAGCAGGGUCCAAUGAUGAUUUUCGCCGGACAUUGGAAUAUAUUCAAUUGAAGAUCAAGGAAGCAGUUGGUGUACUCAGGCCUCACUUGACUAGUUCGAUUAGUGCCGUUGAUGCAAUUCAAGAGUUGGAAGCCAUAACAACAAUGGACUUUGCUGCAGUGCCGGUCGUAGGCUCAAGCUCCGUCGCGCCGAGCUAGGGACAAGUUGCGCGGCAGUAGAUCUUGGACUCUGUUGUGAGAAUCAGAAUAGAUGGGAGGAUCAGUUUAGCUGUACAAUUUGUUCUAACAGAGACUUCACCAGAGAAGAAAGGGGUCUGUAAAGCUGAGUGUAGGGUGUGGCAAGUUCUAGUAUUGGUUAGUAUUAAUUUGGUAGGAAGGAUUUUAUCCGAACAUGGGAGUUCUUUUUCCUUUGUGUAGCAAUCAGGUGGCAAAUCAAUGUUCCUCAUUCGAGUUAAUCUGUAUUGUGUUAUUGCAAUUGCAAAUCCGGCAACAUUUCGCCUCUUUCCUGAAAUAAUAUCGAAUAUUUACCAGCA